AUGCUGAAAAUCUUAUUUGAAACUCGAUCUACUUUAAGAGCGAGGGUACGCACACUUUUCAGUGUACGAGUCUCCUCUUCAUAUGGUAAAAGGUUAGACGAAACAAUAAAGCCAGAUACUGGGUCACAAUUCUAUCUUCACCCCGGCUUGCGCACCAGAUUCCAGAUCAACAUCAGGUGGGAGGGUCGAAUCAAAUUCGUCAUCCGAAAAAUGUCAGAGCAAUUUGGCGAUUCAGGAAAUAGUACACCAGCGAAUAUGAGUUUCAACUUCACACUCCAACUCUCAGGGAACGAGGCCGUUGACUCGAUGUACUUGCCGCCGUCACGAUUGAUUAUCCCUUAUUGCGAAUGCUGA